AUGGCCACGUGGCCACAAGGCUAUACGGCUCCACGGCAACACGGCUGCACAGCCGCACAGCAACACAGCCACACAGCCACACUGCUACACAGCUACACAGCCAAACAGCCACACAGCCACACGACAACACAGCAACACGGCAACACAGCUACACAGCCACACAGCAACCACAGCUACUCAGCUACACAACAUAGCCACAGAGCUACACAGUCACAAAUCAAAAGAGCAACACAGCUACACAGCUAUCCAGCCACAAAGCAAAACAGCUUAACAGCUACACAGCGACACAGCUACACAGCUAAACAGCCACAGAGCUACACAAGCACCCAUCUACACAGAUACACAGCAAUACAGCCACACAGCUACACAGCAACACACCUACACAGCCACAAAUCUACACAGCUAUACAACACAGACACACAGCUACACAGCCACAAAUCAACACAGCUACACAGCUAUCUGGCAACAACGCAACACAGCUUAACAGCUACACAGCUACACACCAACACAGCUACACAACAACACACCAACACAGCCACACACCAACACAGCCAUACAGCAACACACCAACACAGCCACACAGCUACACAUCUACACAGCUACACAGCCACACGGCUACACAGCCACACAGCUACACAGCUACAGAGCUACACAGCAACAUGGCUACACAGCAACACAGUUACUCAGCUACACAGCCACACAGCUACACAGCCACACUACUACACAGCCAAACAGCUACACCGCCACAUGGCAACACGGCCACACAGCAACACAGCUACACAGAAACACAGCUACACAGCCACACAUCUACACAGUUAUACAUUAACACAGCUACACAAUUUAACACAGCUACACAGCUACACAGCAACACAGCUACACUGCUACUCAGCUACACAGCUACACAGCAAUGCAGCUACAGAUCUACACAGCACACAACAACACAGCUAA